UUAUAUUUUUCUUAAAUAAAAUAUUAAAUGCUUAACUAAUUUUAUUAAUAAAUAUAUGAAAUAAAACUUAAACAAAACUAUAAUAUAAAAUGAGUGGCAAGGAUACAUCCGCUAAAGCACAAAAUACGACUAGAGUAGCCGAACCAGGUGAUGGCAUAAGACAGGUCAAGACCACAAAUGUAUUUCGUUUGAUUAAUUUUGAAUUGUAUACAAGACCAAAUAAGAUUGUAAUGGGCUUAGGAUUGGCCUGCAUCACCGGUGUCUUUGGCUACAUAACCUAUAUGAGAUGGAAAUAUGAAAAUUUGGGCUAUUAUACGGCAGUACAUGAUGAUGGUAAAGAAGUUUUUCUUAAAAAACCAUCUAAAUGGGAUACAUAAGCAUAUAUGUACAUGAUUUUAUUUUGUUAAUGUUAACUUGGUAAUAAAAUAUUUAAUUUUACUUUUUAAAUAUUUAAAACAA